AUGCUAUUGAUUAUUGAAGUUUUUAUUUGUUGUGUUGUGGCACAACUUUGCAACACGAACACAUGCACUGAAAGAACUGAAAAAGUAAAUAACAAAACAACCAAAAUGGAGCAUCCAUUCUUAGACCAAACAGUUCCUAUCAACUUUACCAAAUUAAAACCUGAGUAUGCUGUUAAUGAUAUUAACGAAGCAAUAAGACAAUGCCAAGAACAAAUUAACCAAAUCAAAAAUAUUAAAAUUGAAGAAGCAUCAUUUGAGAAUGUUGUGAGAGCAUUUGACAAUGCAACAAUUAUCCUAGAUGACAGUAUGUUAAAGCUAGAAGUAUUAGUAUCAUGUAGGUCAGACAUUGAUGAAUAUAGAAAGGCACAUGAAGAAGUUCUCCCUAAAGUAACAGAAUUUAGAGCAACUCUUCAUAGUGAUGAAAUUAUAUUUUCAUUAGUUAAGAAAGUAUAUGAAAACAAAGAGAAUUUAGACUAUGAUCAAAAAAGACUUGUAGAAGAGACAUAUGAAGACUUUAUUGAAGGAGGAGCAAAUUUAAAUAAAGAAGAUAAAACAAAGUUAGUCGAAUUAAAGAAAGAAAUAACCCAAUUAACAAAAGACUUUUCUAACAACCUAGUAGAUGCAGUAGAUGAAUACACAAUGAAUGUAGAAGAUAAGAAUAAAUUAGAAGGGAUUCCAGAAAAUAUUAUUGAUAUGUAUAAAAAAGAAGCAGAGGAUAGAAAAAAAGAAGGGUAUAUUAUUACCUUGCAAGUACCAUCAUAUUUUCCAGCUAUUAAAUAUUGUAAGAAUGAAGAAAUAAGGAAAGAAUUAUUUAUUCAAUAUAAUAAAUUGUGUAGUGAAGGUAAAUUUGAUAAUACAAAGUUAAUUCAAGAAAUUAUUGAAAAAAGACAAAAAUAUGCAGAAUUACUUGGAUAUCAUGAUUUUAGUGAUUUGGUUACUAAAAGAAGAAUGGUUAAAAAUGGAACAAAUGCAAUUGAAUUUAUUAAUCAAUUACAUGAUAAAGUUCAAAGCUUCUUUUAUAAAGAAGAAGAGGAAUUAAAAGAAUUUAAAAAAGAAAAAUGUGGUAAUAAUCAAUUAGAACCAUGGGACGUAAAUUAUUAUAUUGAAUUAAUGAAACAAGAAAAAUAUAAUUUCAAUGAAGAAGAAUUUAGAGAAUAUUUUACAGAGGAAUCUGUCUUUGGUGGAUUAUUUGAAAUAUAUAAAAGAUUAUAUGGAGUUUCAUUUAAAUUAAAUAAAGAAAUUAAAGGGUGGCAUGAUGACGUUAAAUACUAUGAAGUAAUAGAAAAAGAUGGUAGUAUUAUUGGUGGAGUUUAUUUUGAUUUGUAUCCAAGAAAAGGAAAACGUUCAGGUGCUUGGGAAGAAAUGCUAAGAGUGAGUUAUGAAAAUACAAAUGGUACUUUUAUUAAACCAUUAGGUAUUGUUUGUACUAAUAUCACACCACCAAUUAAUGGUAUUACAAGAUUAAAUCAUGACGAGGUAGAAACAAUAUUCCAUGAAAGUGGUCAUUUAAUGCAUACUUUAUUCACUAAACAACGUUAUGCCUCUUUAGCUGGAACAAAUGUUGCAUGGGAUUUCGUAGAAUUACCAAGUCAAAUAAUGGAAAAUUGGACAUUUGAAAGAGAGGCACUAGAUUUAUUCUCACAAUUUGGAAAUGUUAAACCAAUACCAAAAGAGUUAUUUGAUAAAAUGUGGAAAGCAAAGAAUUAUAUGUCGGCAUAUUACACAAUGAGACAAUUAAGUUUCGGUAAAAUUGAUUUAGAAAUUCACAGAAAUUAUUUAACAAGUGGGUUAUCAUUAGAUGAUUUUAUUUAUCAAAAAGAAAAAGACUAUAAAUAUCAUUUUAAUACUAAAACACUUUCUAUCAUUAGAGUUUUCCAACAUCUUUUCUCUCACUUUACUGGAUAUGCUUGUGGUUAUUAUUCUUAUAAAUGGGCUGAAAGUAUUGAUGCUGAUGCUUUUGAAUAUUUCAAAGAAAAUGGGAUUUUCAAUCAAUCAAUUGCAAACAAAUUUAGAACAAAUAUUCUUUCAAUGGGCAACUCAAAACCUGCUGAUGAAUUGUAUAGAAAUUUCAGAGGAAGAAAUCCAGAUUUUACAGCUUUAUUAAGAAGAGCUGGUUUACUUGAAAAGAAAUAA